AUGGUGAUUAAGAAAGGUAUCACCUUCUUUGUUGUCUCUUGCUGGUUUAUCGUCAUUCUCAGUCGGGUGAGAUGUCGAAAUAUGUCAUCAUCAGAAUACACCGACCAACAAUGGCGUCUGCUGCAUACUAACAUCGGCUUAUCAGCCAUGCACAUGCAGCUCCUCCAUAACAACAAGGUCGUCAUGUUUGAUCGAACUGACUUCGGCCCGUCCAACCUCUCUCUACCACCCGGCCGAUGCCGCUUUGAUCCUAAUGACACUGCUCUCAAGAUUGACUGCACUGCCCACUCUUUAUUGUACGACGUCGCCACUAACACUAUCCGACCCUUAAUGGUGCAGACCGACACCUGGUGUUCCUCUGGUGCCUUGCUUCCCGACGGUACUCUCUUGCAAACCGGUGGAUACAACGAUGGUGAUCGCGCCAUCCGCCAGCUAACUCCAUGCAACAAUGAUGAAUGCGAUUGGAUUGAAUCCCCGGGAUAUCUUUCCGCAAAACGGUGGUAUGCAACCAAUCAGAUACUACCCGAUGGUCGUGUGAUCAUCCUUGGCGGGCGAAGAGAAUUUAGUUAUGAGUUCUAUCCUCGGGGAUCUUCAUCAAACUCUUUCUGGCUCAAUUUUUUGAGAGAAACGAGAGAUAACGACGAGAACAACUUAUACCCAUUCCUGCAUUUGUUACCAGAUGGGAACUUGUUCAUAUUUGCUAACACGAGAUCUAUAUCGUUUGAUUAUGUCCACAAUCGCGUAGUUAGAGAGUUCCCACCGAUCACCGGCGGCGAGCCUCGGAAUUAUCCGAGCUCUGGUUCGUCAGUCCUAUUACCCCUCCAGCUCUUCGAUGAAAAUAGAGGUACAGGUACUCCAGCUGAGGUCUUGAUCUGUGGCGGUGCACCAGCUGGCUCUUUCUCACAGGCGGGACGCGGUAGAUUCAUCCGUGCAUGUUCGACGUGCGGACGGCUGAAGGUCACCGACCAUGACCCGAAAUGGAUAAUGGAGGAGAUGCCAAUGGCACGCGUGAUGGGCGAUAUGUUGCUUCUACCGACCGGUGAUGUGAUAAUCAUUAACGGCGCCUGCUAUGGUACCGCCGGUUGGGAAAAUGCGAGGGAUCCGGUCACUAAACCGGUUAUUUACCGGACAUAUGAGUCGGCUAAUAACCAGAGAUUCUCAGUUAUGCAGCCUUCGCCCACACCAAGACUAUACCACUCAACAGCAGUGUUGUUACCGGACGGACGCAUUUUAGUCGGAGGAAGCAACCCUCAUCCGAUCUACAGAUUCACUGGCGCAGAGUACCCAACGGACCUUAGCUUAGAAUCCUUCUCACCACCAUAUUUAGCACGAGAACAUGCGGAAACCCGGCCGACGAUUGUGGCCACCGGCGAGGUUUUGAAGUAUGGCGAGCUCUUAACGGUUGAUUUCACAGUGCAGGAGUAUCAAAGUGCAACUGCGUUAUCCGUGACGAUUGUGGCACCAUCUUUCACAACGCACUCAGUGGCGAUGAACCAGAGACUGGUGGUACUAAGGGUUGCUGAUGUUUCACAUAUCUCAGCCCAUAGGUAUCAAUUGAAAGCCCAUGGGCCUCCAUCUGCUACCAUUGCGCCAAGUGGAUACUAUCUUUUAUUCGUUGUGCAUGCUGGAAUACCAAGUUCUGCUGUGUGGGUGAAAAUCCAAUAA